AGCCAAGAUGGAGCUUCAGUUUUGGCCUGAUUUCGUGUCUCUCUUGAAAAAGCUGAAUGGUCGGAUGCUCUUGGUGGUUCUGGUCAUGUCUCUUUUGAUGAUUGACCUAGUGAAAAAGAGACGACCCAGGAACUUCCCUCCAGGGCCGCAGCUCUUUCCUCUCGUGGGAACCAUUGUGGACUUUAAGCAGCCCCUCCAUCUUGCACUGCAGAAGCUUACAGGUCGGUAUGGGAACAUCUUCAGCGUGCAGUUUGGAAGUCUGACAUUCGUGGUGGUCAAUGGGUACCAGAUGGUGAGAGAAGCUCUUGUCCACCAGGCUGAAAUAUUUGCUGACCGGCCAAAUAUUCCACUCCUGCAAGAAAUAUUUAGAGGCUUUGGGCUCAUAUCAUCCAACGGGCACAUAUGGAGGCAGCAGAGAAAGUUUGCUUUAGCAACACUGAAAAGCCUUGCUGUAAAUUUUGAGGAAAAAGUGCAAGAGGAGAGUCGGUACCUCGUGGAGACAAUUGAGGAGGAGAAAGGACAGCCCUUUGACCCUCAUUACAAAAUUAACAGUGCUGUUUCAAACAUCAUCUGUUCCAUAACUUUUGGGAACCGCUUUGACUACCAUGACAACCGUUUCCAGGAACUGCUGCACUCCCUGGCUGAAACGCUGCUGCUCAUCGGAAGUUUCUGGGGCCAGCUCUAUAAUGCUUUUCCUUCGAUCAUGAGAUGGUUGCCAGGACCCUUCAGGAAAAUCUUCAGGCACUGGGAGAAACUUCAAUAUUUUGUAAAAGGUGUGAUUGCAAAGCACAAGGAGGAUUUGGACCAGUCCGAGGCAGGAGAUUAUAUUGACUGUUACCUGAAGGAAAUAGAAAAGUUUAAGGGUGACACCAGCUCCUACUUCCAUGAGGAAAACCUACUGUGCUCCACCUUGGACCUGUUCUUAACUGGGACAGAGACAACGGCAACCGCCAUCCGCUGGGCUCUGCUCUACAUGGCCGCGCACCCCCACAUUCAGGAGAAAGUGCAGCAGGAGAUUGACGCCGUGGUCGGGCAGUGCCAGCAGCCCUCGAUGGCUGACAAGGAGAAGAUGCCCUACACCAGCGCCGUGCUGAGCGAGGUCCUGCGCAUGGGCAACGUGGUGCCCCUGGGGGUGCCCCGCAUGGCCACCAGCGACACCACCCUGGCUGGCUUCCACCUGCCCAAAGGCACCACCCUGAUGACCAGCCUGACUUCGAUAAAUUUCGACAAAAAAGUGUGGGAGACUCCAGACACCUUUAAUCCUGAACAUUUCCUGGAAAACGGCCAGUACAGGAGACGGGAGGCUUUUCUGCCCUUCUCUGCAGGAAGAAAAGCUGCCGCAGCCUGUGCGAGGCGGAGCGGGCCGGAGGAGCCUCGGAGCUGGCUGAGCUCGCUCGGGACUCUGUCGGGUUCUUUGUGCUCCUUUUCCAGGCAAGAGGGCUUGUCCCGGGGAGCAGCUCGCCAGGACCGAGCUCUUCAUCUUCUUCGUGGCCCUGCUGCAGAAGUUCACCUUCCAGGCCCCAGCAGAGGCCGCGCUGUCCUUCGCCUUCACGCUCAGCCUCACGCGCUGCCCCAAACCCUUCCAGCUCUGCGCCGUGCCCCGGCCCUGAGCCGGGCCUGGGCUGCCCCACUGCCCCCUGUGCCCUCACAAACCGGGAAAUCCCCUUCUCCUGACCACCCCAGAGAUUUGGGGCUGGAAUGAUGGGCCCUGGAGGUCCAGCACCCGCCAGCAUCUGGGUGGCAGGGAAGGGCACAAGGGCCCAUCCUGCCCAUUGCAAACAGAACCAUUGUGGUUCUUCCCUUCACCUCGUUCCUGCCCCCCGCUACCAGUCUGACAAAAUGCAUGGAUUUAAAAGCCUUAUUCCCUAAUUUCCACUGUCAGCAAUUCCCAGGAAGGUGUCUGCCAGCUGCAAAAAUAUGGUUUGAUGUUGACUUUUCCAUGAGGAACAUGUCCAUCACCCAGAGACCACUUAGCAGCCCCUGAUGCUGCAGCACCCAAAUAGCCAAGGGCUCCUGAGGUGUCCCUGCUCAGAGCGAGCUGCUGGCCGUGGACACAAGCUCUGGACUCUUAACUCAGCACCAAUUUGGGUUUUCAGGUGGCCACAGCCAAUCCUGAGCCUCAGGUGGGCUUGGGCUCAGGGUGGUGGACAUUCCCUACAGCACCACAUUGCUGCUGUGGGAUGGGAAUCACAGAAUCAAGGAAUAGUUUGGCUUGAAAGGGACCUUAAAGAUCAACCCCUCUGCCACGGGCAGGGACACCUUCCACAAAAUCAGGUUGCUCCAAGCCCCAUCCAGCCUGGCCUUAGACACUUCCAGGGAUAAAAUAUAUCUAAGCAGAGGUCUCUGCAGCAGCAGCAAGCAUUUUUUUGGAUCUCAAAGAGUAUAUGGGAAUUUUAAUUAGGGGGCUACAGCGGAGUAGAAGCAGCUUCUAUCAAAGCCCAACCCAAGUGGGAUGGCACAAGGAGCUGUGCUUCCAGCAGGUCUGGAAGGGCUAUAACAAUAAGACACAGCAAUUUAUAUUAGAAAAGCAAAAGGUUUGUUCUAGUAAAAUACAAAUCAGAAAACUGCAACAAAAUAAUCCCAUUGGGCUGCUGGGGAGCAGUUCACCUGAAGCACAGCAGAAAGGGAACAGCAGAGAGUUGCAAGGGUUAUGCCCACGGUGGCUCAGUCCUGGCCCUCAGGAAGGAAGCAUUGGAACAGUGGUUUUGUGGUGGGAAGUCACGAGUUCAGCACUUCCCCUCUGCUUCUGGCAAAGAUUUGUGUCUGUGUGACCAGCAAGGACAUAGUGGGGGGCCGAGGAAGUGGUUGGGACACGGUGCCCUGCACCAUGGACACAGCUUCUUCCUAUGCCAGGCCUCUUUGGAUAAGAGUUAAUUAAAUAUGCAACUUGUAGAGGAUUUUGCUAUUUAUGUGACCUAGCAUUUGUGCUUAGAAAUGCUGUCUCCUGUGUGCUUCAGUUUCGACUACAGUCACAAUAGCAAAGAUUCUUCUUCUCCUUGUUUUUGGGGGUUUGUUUUUUGCUUCUCACCUUUCAUAAGUGUCUUUUCUGUGGGUACCCACGUAGGAUAUGGAAUAGUUAACAGGAAAGAUUACACCGAGUUUCAUUUCCACUGGUUUUCUCCUCUGUCCCCGGCAAUAGCGGCUUUGCUGCCGUACAAAGCAAUCCCUGUGCAGUGGCAGAUUUAUGCCACAGGGGAGAGUCCUCUGCACAUCACAUCCCUGCCACACCAGGCACACGGGGAUUCUGUCACUGAGCUGUCCUUCCGACUGAUCGCUUUAAUCCUAUUGCGUUUUUAAUUAUUGUUUCACAGUCACGGGCCCCCAUGUUGUAUUUUUGUCUUUGUAAAAGAGAAAACAUAAAAUAUACAGGGACUUUUUUUCACCUGUGAAAUCUUCAAUGCCACUCGGGACUAGGCACUGGUUUCUGUCAAUUUUUGUGUUCGUUCUUCUGUAGGUCUGACGUUUGGCUUGUGGCAGCAGCUUGUAUUAUUUGCACUGGCUUAGCAAAUAAAUAUUGAUCUCUUCUCUCCUUCAUUUCCAACUUUUAUUUCUUCAUUAUUUUGGGUUUUCUCCCCUACUUCUGGAGAGAAUAAAUGAUUGAAGUGA